AUGGAGCAUUCCCAGCAUAUCGAGGCUGCUAACCCAGCCGAAAAGGACAUCGACAUCCCUGACAUCGACCCCAUCGAUCUCAAGGAAAACUCCAAUGCUGCCCAAGAAGCCGCCAUGGAUGCCGAAAUCGCCCGGCUCGAGGCAGCAUCCCAGGGCUUGAAGCGGCCGUGGCUAGAACUGUCCUUCUCCAACCCAGUAACCUUCACCUACCUGCUCGUCGGCUUUGCCUCCAUGGGCGGUUUGUUGUCUGGCCUCGACCAGUCACUCAUCAGCGGUGCCAACAUCAAUCUACCCUAUGAUCUGCACCUUUCCUCCAAUGAGGCCAGUCUGACCAGCUCCGGCAUGCCCCUGGGCGCUGUCGCCGGAGCUUUGAUCUUGUCGCCUUCCAAUGAAUACCUGGGUCGCAAGAAUUCUAUUAUCCUGUCCUGCAUCCUGUACACUGUUGGUGCCGCCCUUGAGGCCGGUGCCAUCAACUUCGGUAUGAUCUUUGCUGGUCGUUUCAUUCUUGGGGCUGGCGUCGGUCUCGAAGGCGGAACUGUCCCCAUCUACGUCGCCGAGAGUAUCUCGUCCAAGCUCCGAGGGAACCUGGUGUCGCUGUACCAGUUCAAUAUUGCCUUGGGUGAGAUCCUGGGCUAUGUCGUGGCAGCCAUCUUCAUCGACGUCAAGGGCAACUGGCGUUAUAUCUUGGGUUCUUCCCUCGUAUUCUCCACCAUCAUGCUGGUCGGCAUGUUUUUCCUGCCCGAAAGCCCGCGUUACCUCAUGCUCAAGGGCCGUGAACUCGAGGCCUUCCAGGUCUGGAAGAAAGUCCGCGGCUUCGACACGUACGAACCCAAAGCCGAGUUUCUUGGUAUGAGGGAAACCGUCAACAUGGAAAACGAAGAGCAGAGAAGCACCGGCAAAUACGCCUGGUUGGACUUCUUCACAAAUCCUCGCGCUCGUCGGGCGCUGGUCUACGCCAACGUCAUGGUCUUUCUCGGCCAGUUCACCGGCGUUAAUGCCGUCAUGUAUUAUAUGAGCACGCUCAUGGAAGCAAUCGGUUUCACCCCCAAAAAUGCCGUCUUCAUGUCCCUCGUUGGCGGCGGUGCGCUAAUGCUCGGCACAAUCCCCGCCGUCCUCUACAUGGAACGAUUCGGCCGUCGCUACUGGGCCAAUGCCAUGCUUCCCGGGUUCUUCAUCGGUCUCAUCUUCGUUGGUGUUGGCUAUCAAAUUCCCAUUGAAUCAAACCACAGACUCGCCGAGGGUCUGUACAUGACCGGCAUUAUCCUGUACAUGGGCUUCUUCGGCUCGUAUGCCUGUCUCACCUGGGUCAUCCCCGCAGAGGUCUACCCGACUUAUCUGCGUCAUUAUGGCAUGACGACCUCCGACGCGAAUUUGUUCCUGUGCAGUUUUAUCGUCACAUACAAUUUCACGCGCAUGAUGAACUCGAUGACCCGCAUUGGUCUAACACUCGGUUUCUACGGCGGUAUCGCCGUGCUCGGCUGGGUCUAUCAGAUUCUGUUCAUGCCCGAGACUAAGAACAAGAGUCUCGAGGAGAUUGAUGAGUUGUUUAGCAAGCCGACCUCCGUCAUUGUCAAACAAAAUGUCAAGAGCACCGUGCAGGUCAUGCGGGACUUGAGUCGAUUUAGGCUGAAGAAGGUCUUUAUGCCGAAUUAA